AAGUUGUAGCGGUGAAUUAAAGCAGAGAUUUAACGAUGGCAGAAGAAGACGAGAAGGGAUACAGAUGGGAAACAGAAUAUGAGAAGACUUGGGAAGUUAUUGAAGAAGACGAUGAUGGUACCAUUCAGUCAAGUGUGGAUGACAUCAUACACAAGGCGAAAAGACGGCGCCUGCUGGAAAAACUUGGCAACAUUAGACUUGGCAUGAUGCGACAUUUAUUCCUAGUCAUAGAUAUGUCGGAGGCUAUGAAAGAUCAGGAUCUCAAACCUACUCGUUUGGCAUCAACACUCAAGCUACUUGAACAUUUUGUAGAGGAAUAUUUUGACCAAAACCCUAUCAGUCAGCUGGGUAUCAUAACAACACGCAAUAAGAGGGCAGAAAAGGUUGCGGAACUUGGAGGAAACCCUCGUCGUCAUAUCACCACACUCCAGUCUCUUGUCAAGAAAACAUGCCAAGGAGAGCCGUCGCUUCAAAACUCUCUAGAUCUAGCCAAUCAAACCCUAAGGCAUAUGCCAAGUCAUGCAAGCCGUGAAGUGUUAAUUGUCCUAGGAAGUCUUACAUCCUGUGACCCAGGAGAUAUAUCAGAGACAAUACAGACAAUGAAAGACAACAAUGUGAGAUGUUCAAUUAUUGGCCUGGCUGCUGAGGUCCGUGUAUGUAAGAGAAUUUGUCAGGAUACCAAUGGUAAAUACUUUGUGAUACUGGAUGAAGGUCACUUCAAAGAUCUGCUCAUAUCUCAUGUAACACCUCCUCCAGCCACAAGUACAACAGAAUCUUCCUUGAUAAAGAUGGGGUUUCCUCACCACAAUUUGAGUGGAGACAAGAACAAAGGCGAGAAGGCUUCUAUGUGUAUGUGUCACUUGGACAGCAAGGUGAAUCAAGGCUUCAGCAGCAGUGGCUAUUUCUGUCCCCAGUGCAAGAGUAAAUAUUGUGAGCUGCCUAUCGAGUGUAAAUCAUGCGGUUUAACAUUAGUAUCAGCUCCACAUCUAGCACGGUCAUACCACCAUCUGUUUCCGCUGGACACUUUUCUGGAGACACCAGUGUCCAGUAUUCUCACAGAUUCACCUGUGUCCUGUUACGCAUGCCAAAUUGCUGUUCAAGACCCAAACGUGUACCAGUGUGGGAGAUGUCAGCAGAUGUUUUGUUUGGACUGUGACCUGUUUAUCCACGAGACUCUCCAUUCCUGUCCUGGCUGUGCCUGUUCUAGGGAAACACAGCAAUCCUCACAACAGUUUUCCGGAUUUUCCUGACAGCUGUUAUUUUGUUACAAUUUUAUAUUUUUGUAUUCCGUUAAAGAACAAAAUAAACAUAAACAUAUCAA